GGCAUCGGGCUAGAGAGGCAAGCUUUGGUGUUGCCAGGAAGCCGGGUGAGGUGACUUCCGUUUCCGCCUCUCCGGGCACGAGGAUACCGGGAGUCAAGCUGGCGGGAAAAUGAGGCCCUUGACUGAAGAAGAGACCCGAGUAAUGUUUGAGAAGAUUGCGAAAUACAUCGGGGAGAACCUACAGCUCCUGGUGGACAGGCCCGACGGCACCUACUGUUUCCGGCUGCACAACGACCGAGUGUACUAUGUGAGUGAGAUGAUCCUGAAGCUGGCCGCCAACAUCUCCGGGGAUAAGCUGGUGUCACUGGGGACGUGUUUUGGGAAGUUUACCAAGACCCACAAGUUCCGGUUGCACGUUACAGCUCUCGAUUACCUUGCACCCUAUGCCAAGUAUAAAGUGUGGAUAAAGCCUGGAGCAGAGCAGUCCUUCUUGUAUGGAAACCAUGUGUUGAAAUCGGGUCUGGGUCGAAUCACUGAAAAUACUUCUCAGUACCAGGGAGUAGUGGUUUACUCCAUGGCAGACAUUCCUUUGGGCUUUGGGGUGGCAGCAAAGUCUACUCAAGACUGCAGAAAAGUGGACCCCAUGGCAAUUGUGGUGUUUCAUCAAGCAGACAUUGGGGAAUAUGUACGGCAUGAAGAAACAUUAACUUAGUAUAGGCAUCCCAAGAACUUUCUGCUGUAUGAGGACUUAGCUUUGUUUCCAAUGUGUGCAGACAUCACCAUGUCAAAUUUGGAUACUGGUAUAUGCAACUUCGAUUCUUACUCAACACAGAUGACUCAAAAAUAGGGUUUCAGGCCCUCUAGAGGCAAAAGCAGGUGGACCACAAAUAUAGUGGGCUACUUGGCAUGUUCAAGGCUAGCCUAGGGUACAUAGUGAGACCCCCUGUGUCAAAAAUCUAAACAAACCAAAACCUGUCAAGUGUUUGUGUGAGUAAAUAGUUUUUGUAGUCUCUAUCUG